GCGGUCCGCGAGCGCCCAGCCUCCCGGUGGCCAGCGGCCCAGGCCGCCGGCGCUUCCCGCAGGCGCUCAUCGUGGGCGUGAAGAAGGGCGGCACGCGAGCGCUGCUUGAGUUCCUGAGGCUGCACCCCGACGUCCGCGCGGUCGGCUCCAAGUCCCACUUCUUCGACAGGUGCUACGAGCGCGGCCUCGCCUGGUACCGGAGCCUGAUGCCACGGACCCUGGACGGGCAGAUCACCGUGGAGAAGACCCCCAGCUACUUUGUGACGCACGAGGCCCCUCGCCGCAUCCACAGCAUGUCCCCGGACAUGAAGCUGAACGUAGUGGUACGGAACCCGGUGACCCGGGCCAUCUCCGACUAUGCCCAGAUGCUCUCCAAGACGCCAGGCCUGCCCAGCUUCUGCGCGCUGGCCCUUGGCCGUGGCCCGGGCCUGGUGGACAUGGCCUGGAGCGCCGUGCACAUUGGCCUCUACGCCCAGCACCUGGACUGCUGGCUGCGCUACUUCCCGUCCCACUUCCUGUUUGUCAGUGGCGAGCGCCUAGUCAGCGACCCAGCCGGAGAGCUGGGCCACGUGCAAGACUUCCUGGGCCUCAAGCAGGUUGUCACCGACAAGCACUUCUACUUCAACGCCACCAAGGGGUUCCCCUGCCUCAAGAAGGCCCUGGGCAGCAGCCGCCCCCACUGCCUGGGCAGAUCCAAGGGCCGGCCCCGCCCCCACGUGCCCCAGGCCGUGGUCCAGCACCUGCAGGACUUCUACCGGCCCUUCAACCGCAGGUUCUACCAGAUGACUGGCCAGGACUUCGGCUGGGACUGAGCCAGGCCCUGUUGGCCCCACCUGGUGAUGCUCGGUAACCUUAAUUUAUUUCUGCUCAUCUGGCCAGAGUGGGUUGUCUACACAUGCUGGGUAGAGAGAAAUAUUUAAGAAAUAAAGUUUGGGGCCGGCCCGGUGGCGCACU